CUCCCUACCACCUUUCAGAGAGAGAGCGAGAGAGAAAUAUUAAAAUGUGGUGGUUCGGAUAAUUGGAGCCAGGUAACUUGACAGGAUAGAACACAUCGAAGGGAAGGGAGCCCUGGUUGCUCUAAACUAUUUCUCACUUAAAGGAACACUUACAAAGUGCUGCAGAAGCCUCUCGUCCAGGAUUUGGCCCUGCGAUCAUCUGGUCUGUUAUUCUACCACUACCCAACAAAACCCCACAAGUCUGAACCCCACUACGCUACACACUCCUGUUCUUGGUUACCAGAAGAAGCUUUGCCUAAUCUCUGCACCUGUAACAAAACAUGAGGGUACGGGUGUUCACGCGGGCACAUUUACUACAGGAAUUCCGUUUGUGCUGUCAAUCACUCGCUGCCAAGGACAACAGUGGUUUCCGGCAGACGUUUGAGGAGCUGAAUGAUGUUGGUAAAGAGUACACUACCAGGGCUGGAGAACUGGAGGCCAACAGAGAGAAGAACAGAUACCCCUACAUACUGCCUUAUGACCACAGUCGAGUGAGGCUGUCCCUGCUAGACUCCCAGCUACACUCAGAUUAUAUCAACGCUAGUUAUGUCCCUGUGAGUACUCUCUGUCUGUCUGUCGCUGUAUGUCUGACCGUCUAUCCAUUCAUCAAGUCUGCUGUCUGUCUGUCUGCUCCUCAGGGUGGAUGUACAGAGCGAGACUUCAUCUGUACCCAGGGUCCUUUGCGCAGCACCAUGGCUGACUUCUGGAGGAUGGUGUGGGAGCAGAAUGUUAGGAUCAUCGUCAUGGUGACCGCCCUGACACAAAAAUACAUGGUGCUGUGUGAUGAGUACUGGCCAAUGGCGCAAGGGACGGUGUCGUAUGGAGUGGUCCAGGUUACCACAGUGUCUCGUAAACGGGGUCCAGAUUAUUUCAUCACCACCAUUCACUUACGACAGCGCGGUUUUCCCGUAGAAAGGACAGUAACGCACUACUACUACCCUGCCUGGCCAGACCAGGGUGUACCCAAGGACCUCUCCUCUCUCUGUGCCUUCACCGAGCAUGUGCGGCAGCAUCUGGACACACUACCACUUCUGGGACCUGCCGUGGUGCACUGCAGUGCAGGUGUGGGGCGGUCUGGGACGUUUGUAGCUCUGCUGUGGCUGAUGCAGCUGUGUGUGCGUGGCAUCAGGCCUGACGUUAGAGCAGCCGUGGAGGACCUGAGACGGCACAGAGUCAUGAUGGUCCAGAACCUGGAGCAGUAUAUACUGGUUCAUCAGUGUCUGAUGCACUGGCUGAGUGGAGGGAGUGUUGGGCCUCUAGUAAGCAGUGUACAGAUUCAGGCUGGCCCUGCUCAUGUCGAUCGGGGGCAGGAUCACCCCCUCACUUCCUCAGGGCGAUCAGGUCGGGGGAACAGGUCGAGUGGGAGGCACAGGCAGCACCAGGAACAGCACACACAACAUCCAGUCCAAACCCAACCACAAACCCAGAGCUCCUCGCAACAGUUGUUCAACCCUAGGAACUUGCUAAGAAGACUGCUGCCCUCCUUCAUGCAUAUUAAUCCACAAACACACACCUGAGGACUAAUCGCACAAAUGCAGACACACCCUACACCUUCAUCCGCAUUUACACACCAAUCUAUAGACACACCCUCAUCCUCACUCAGUCACACACCUGGGGGGGCCAACUCAGUCUGAACACACAAUAGUACAGACAUACCUGUAUCUACACGUGAAGCCACACAUCCAAACUUAGCCAAGUGGGAAUGGGUUGACUUAUUCCUCUCCAACACACCUGGGGAUGGGGGAAGAUGUCCUGACCUAGGGACUACUGUACAUUGUGUGAUUACACAUAACAAGGCCUUUGAUUGAGUGGGAAGGGGACUUCCCCUGGGGGAUGACUGUGUGUGUGUGUGUCAAAAGACCGACAAAGGAGGCAGCCGCAACAACUGUUCCAUCUAUUUCCUGGAUCAGUCCGACAGACACAGACAGAGAGGAACAUGCCCCUCCGGUUGAACCUGUUCCUCCAGGCUGGAUUACCGACCAUGAAGAACUAUUAAGGCCUGAGGUAAUGGGGGAGAUAUGCACUUCAUCACUAAUGGUGCGGUGACACACACAUCUAUUGUCAUGAAUGCCUGACUACAAACCCAAGAUUGUCCCUAUGUACAAGGCUGCAGCAAUUUUGAAAUCCAUUUAAAAACCAUAGUGUGCUGGAACAAGAUUUGUACGUUGUAUGAUGAUGUACAUUGUUACUUUUGUACAUAUGUGUGUCUCUGACUGCUUGUUUAUCUUCCCAGUGAAAAUGGCCUCUACCACAAUUUAGACCCUUGAUUUGUUAGGAAAAUUCAAUGAAAAAUAUUUUGAACUAUUUUGUGCAGAAACUAAGCACUAUUGUUCAUGUUAUCUCCAGAGAAAAAGACAAACGCGUGGUGAGUCACUGUACAAAAAAGGUCGAUUGAAAAACGCAGAGGCAACGUCAUUCUCCAUAAAUGACUGUGACAGCAUUUACAGAACAUAAAGUAGACCUUGAAAUAUAGAAAAUAAACAACAGUGGAUGAAAACCCA